UUUGAAUAUCCACACCCUGUAAUCGACAUUCACUAAAUAUCGCAGUGUCUAAUAUGUUUGAUUGUUUUCUCCAGGCUUUGGGUGAGGAAGUUCUGAAGCAGAUCGAUGAACUGUAUAAAGUGAUCACACCAGAUGAUGAGUCUGAGGUUCCUAUUGAUGAGCAGAUAGCUGCUGCUAGUGAACAUCUUGCGGGCGUCUUUGCUGCUUCAUCCAAGGAGUUUCAAGGAACAACUUGUAUCCUUCAACAUAAGCCCGUCAUAACCAUCUGUGAGUCAAUCACCGUACAAUAUGUACUCAAUGAGUAAUCCUGUCGGAUGGUGGAUAUUGCCUAGCCCAAGUGUAUUCAGUUCAUCUUAUUCAGUUGAACAAUCAAGUUUUUAAAUUGGUUAGAAAGGGGCGAUGGCUUAUUGAGAUAGCUGACCAUAUUGAUAUAUGUUCGUUAUGGUGUCAGCAGGCUUAAACACGAUUGGCUGGCAAAGUCUGUAAGUCCCUGCAACAUUUUAGAAAUGAUAUUCGCUAUUCAUAUUUAAAUACUUCAGAGUGAGGGCUUCCAGAGCAUUCAGAACAUGGAAUAUUUUAGCGCGUCUAGAAUGGCAAAAUUCGUGCAUUCUGGCCGACCAUUUGACAGUAAUUUCUAUGCAUACGGGCGGACGUCAUACGCAUAUAGCUUGGGACCUUGGAAAAAUUGGCUGAUAUGCCUCGCUGCAGUUCUUAUGUGUGUUCCCAUUGAGAGAAGGUCCAGUAUUUUAUGAGACAUGUUUUGUCAGCACUCCAUACCAAACCAAAAAUAAUGAUUACCCGAUGUCUGGUUCAGUACUGGAAUGUCUGGCAGCGCCAGCAGCAUUGCUGCUAGGAAAUGUUUAAUUUAGGAAAAAUCUUUGCAUGAAAUUUUCUUACAUCUGCGACCUUGGAGGUGAAAGGCAAGUGCGCUAACCACUUCGCCAUCGACGCCCCUUUUAUUGACUUUUGGAUUUGCUGCCAUGAAAAUAAUUAUAUUUUCUAGUCUAGGCCUGGGUUUGUCUUAAGUGUCAAAGUGGUGAAUAUAAUUUGUUUGGAAAUAGUAUUCUUUACUGAGGCCAGAUUAGUAAGCUCAUCUUUGAUUUAGUUCUGAAGUUAUUUCCUUGACUCGACCACAGACAAAAGUCUCUCUGAAGCAAUCGCCAGUAUCAAUGCAUCAGGAUACUUUGACCAAACGGAAGAGUCUGAAGAAUCUGACGAACCCGCUGAGGAGCAGGAAGUGGUAGAAGAAGAAGAAGCUAAGGACACGGAAGAUCUCGAGGAAACAUCUGUGGAUCCUGUUGUUGAAAAGGUUUCUGAGCCAACUGUGGAAGAUGUUCAGCAUACUGAGGUAGAAAACAAAAUAUUGUAUUGUGUUUUACUGAUUUUGGCCCCACAGUAAAAGUACGAAAAGUGGUGUUGUCUAUUGUAAUUUAUUGUCAUUUGUUCUGUUUUUUCUGUAGCGGUUACCGAUAUAUGAGAAAAUGCCGCGAGAAAAAUUAAAAUGUCGAUCCUUUUACGUUAUGCAACGAAUGUACUGUACUACUGUAGCGAAAAAUGCAUCCUUUGCUUCAAAUUAUUUUUUAAUAGAAAACUAACUUUUAACGCAGUACGAUAAAUCUGUAACUACUACAGGCAAACAGAACAAAUUGCAGUAAAACACACUACAGAAGCAGACGUUUUAAGAUUAGCAUUUCUAUAGCGAAAAUUGACAUGUGGAUAUGAUGAAAUGCGCCUAACAUCAAGUAUUGUACGCUUACCUGAUUACAUACUCUACUUAGCCUAGAAUUGUGAUAUUACUUUCUUUUAUUAUAUAAAGUAUAGUGCUUUAUAGAGAUUUCGAGCACUGAUAAAAGUGAUAAUCUUACAUGUGAGAUUAUUCAUGAUAAUCUCACAUGUGAAAAUUGUCACUUUUCAAUUAUCACUUUUUUGUGAAAAUUAUCACUUUUUAAAGACUGUCCUUUAUAUAAUAAACUGCGCUCACUCGUGAGAUAUCAUGUUCAACACCCGAAAUAAACCUGGUAUUUCCGCGCACCCAUGUAUUAUUCUCUAUAUAAACUGUGUUUAUCCUAACCCACCCGAAGAAAACCCACGACUUUCGGAAGAGUACUGACUGACGUUUUUCACAUGAGUUCGUAGCGAGAAUCGAACCCACGAUCUCAGUUGUGAAAGACUACGCCGCUGAACCCAGUUUGGCAUUUUGCCACAGACCAUUGGAGUUUAUAACCUUUCUGCAAUCUCUUUUCCAGCCCGAUGUUUCUAACGGUGAUACAACAACAACUGUUGAAGCUCCAGCAUCUGCUCCAGACACUCAGGAUGAUCUCACAGCAAAUGAACAUGGCUUGAAUUUCUUGGGUGAAUCUGAAGUCAGCUCGAAAUCUCGUAUUCAUGCAGAUGCCCCGCCAUUUUAUCCAUCAUCAACAUCUCAUGUCACUCAACAACCACAAACAACAACAUGCGAUCCUGAUUUUGCUCCGACUGAAGCCAGUUCUGGAUGGGAUGAACCGAGUAAGUGAUCUUAUAAAUACAGAGUAUUUGUGAGUAUUUAUAUUCGUACUUGUACCAUUCAUUGUAUAUUAUUUCAAGCACCUUCAACCUCGAGGUGUGUUGGAAACGCAGUUCCAGCCGUUGGAGUUCUCCGCUGGCGAUGCAUAUGGAAGAAUAAUUCAAGCGCCGAGGUUAAAUUUAGUGGUUCCGACACUGAAGAAGUGCGCUUUGUGUUUUGUUCGCAUAUUUACCAGUUGUGAAAACAAAUAGUUUUGAGAACCGAUUUUUUCCAUCUUAGCGAAAUGUGUCAGAAUUUGUUAAGAAACGUACCGGUCGUUAACCGGUUUUUUCGACUUGCAAGAAAUUUGACAAAAACGUCUUUUGCUAGUGUGGUGAUAUUCUGAAAUAGAGUUAAAACUGAGCUAGUGGAAGAUUUUUUAAGUUACGUGACUAUAAGAUUUCGCCGUUUCUUGUUGUCUUAAACCAGGUUUUGAACUCAAACUUUCUAUUGUGUACUUGAUAGCAGAUUUACUUCGAGCAUCGUUUCUUUAUUAUCAAUGUAUGCCAUCAUACAUGUAUGAUACAGUAUUUCCCAGAAAAUAAUUUAAUAUUUAUCAUGUAAUUUGCAGUCAGCCAGUGAUUACAUCUUACUGUGUUAUCAACCUGAAUAUAAAAUGUUGAUAUCAGGACGGUAUAUGAGGCUGUUAACUUCGCUAACUUUACUUACACUGGAUAACUCGCAUAAUUUGUGGUUAAUGCUCAGCAACUGGACUCUGUAGCUUAGUUUGUUAGAGCGCUGCUCCAGAAUCGCAGGGCCUCGGGUUCUAUCCCUGUCAAAGGGCCUGUAUACAGUUGUAUUUUCGCGGCUGCUUCUGGUUAAGUGUAAAAAUGUAUAUGUAACUGACACUUGAAAUUUUCAUCUACAAAACCUUUUUUCGCAUGCAUGUGCACUGCCAUGAACAGUGUUUCUAUGAGAGGAUACGAAAGCAAGGGAAUAACACUUGAUCUAUGUUACUGGGAAUCUCGGUACACUAGAAUUUAAAAUUUAUUUCUUCCAAACCAUAUCGUGAGUGAAUAUUUGAUUGAUUAUUCAGUCGACGCAAUUGUCAGACCAAGCGCUUUUCACCUCUGAAGAUCGUGAGUUCGAUUCACGUUUCGGACUUGCGACACUUAUGUGAAAAGGUCAGUCGACGCUCUGCCGAAAGUCGUGGUUUUUCUCUGGGUACUCCCGUUUUCUCCCACUGGGAAUGUUGAUAGGGUGGGUUGGAAUUACUUAGAUAGGAUCAAUAAGGAGUGCAGUUGUCAAUAAAAUAUUUUUUUCUUAUUUCAUGUGCUAGGUUAUGAGACUGCUGAACCAUACCGUGCUCCAGACGAAAGCAAUCAAAGAGGAGAUCGUGAUGGUUUCCGUGGGGGGCGAGGUCGUGGAGGAUUUCGAGGAAGAGGAGGUGGACUUCGAGGUGGUAACCGUGGUAACUACAGUGGUGGUAACUACAGUGGUGGUAACUAUGGUGGUGGUAACUAUAGUGGUGGCAAUUAUGGUGGUGGUUUUGCUCGUGGUGGUGGACAAAAUCAGGUGAGAUAUCGAUAUUUCAUGUUCUACAUGCUUCAAGUAUGAAGCGACAUGUUUUGGGGGGCCACGCUUAUUUGUUUUGUUUUUUGUCCAAUUACCGAUUUUGUUGACCAGUUUUAAAGGGCGAGAGGACAAAACCAAAAACAUGUCACCUGUGGCUUCAUAAUUGCGUGUUGAAGGUUUACCCUGCACGUCACUUGCUCGCUUUAUUCUUUCAUAUUUUAUCUAAUUUAAAUGAAUUUACGCAUGUAAGACGGCAACGUCAGGACGACGGCUAUCAAUAUAACGUAAUUAAUCCUGUAGCACAGAAGAAAUGAAUAAUUUAUAGUCUAGCAGCAGUUUUGGACGUCGUCCAUGCUCAGUUGACAAGGUAAAAUGUAUAUUUUCACGUCUGGUAGAGUACGCUAGCAUUUCAAGCCGUGACAGGCAAUUUUGUAGGAAAGUUGAGCAAAAUUGCUCUAAAGGUUAAAGCUCUGAUUUACUCGUUCUAAACUGUAUGAAAUUCAUACGAAAGUAAAUACAUGAAAGUGUUUCCAUACAAUCGUUUAUUUCAAACAGUUUGUUUAGCCAUCGUCCUCACGCCGCCGUCUUACAUGCGUAAACUCCCUAAUAAAACGCGAGGCGAUAACCAAAUUUCGAACUCAAAUUUGAUAUACAUUUUUUAGACAUCUGCGUAUAAAAAAUUGUAUAUAAAAAUUUGCGUUGGAUAUUUCCACCUGCAAAACCCAUGUAUUAGACUAUUAUUAUUUCUGUCGAACGAGAUACCCAAAAAUGUCGAUGAGUUUAUGGUAACUGCUCAACAACUGAGCUUUAUAUCUCAGACGACUGGGCUCUACAACUGAGCUUUGUAGCUCGACAACUGAGCUACUGUAUGUAACUCAGUUAGUUAGAACAUAGCCUAUCGAAGGGAAGAUACCUGUGAAACUCAUUAAAAUAACAAUAUAACUCAUUUUCUACGUGUUCUCGACGUUUAUUCAUCCGGUUCACUCGGGUUUUUUUGGUCGGUUUUCGUUUUUUUUUGUAGAAAAUCACCUCACGCUAGUGAAGACUUUGUUUAACGAAGGUAGCACUAAAUAGUUUACAAGAAACUAACAAACUUGUGGCCCUUAAAUUUACGUUCGAACAUUCCAUCAGGAAAACCCAUCUCCUAAGCACACGUCUGUCUGUUAUUUAGCGUGGUGGUGGUUUCCGCGGUGGUAACAGAGGACAACGUGGGAACUUCCGUGGUAACAGAGGACAACGUGGGGGUCGCGGUGGAUAUCAACAACGUGAUAAUUAGGUACAAUUGACGUGUGAUGAGAAACUUUAAAUAGUUUAAUUCCUAGCAAGAUUUUAAUGAAGCUACUGACAUUGUGUAUCAAGACAUUUGGGCAACCCUAUGCUCGGAUAAAUGACUCUCGCAUCCUGAUUGGGCCGGCCUUUACUAUGCUUCGCUCUUAUUGGUUGUUUUGUUCAGGAUAAGCGUUCGUUGGUUGGGGUAAGCCCGGAUUUGUUAAUGUCUUUAACUCUAGACUUUUUACAGAUUGAUUAUUGUAAACUGUCCGAGUUAAGGCAGAAUAGUGUACGAUAGUGUGUUGAUUUUUUGUUUUUAUUGCUUUUGUUUUUUAUGGACUUUUUCUUAAUUGAUGUGACUAAGUUUUUUUUAUUGAUAACUGUUAAGUAGAAAACACACCACUUUGUCUGCUGUCUAUUGGAAAGUGCAGAACACAUUUUUUGAUUUUUUUUUGUUUUUAUUAGCUUUAUGUUUACAUUUUAAGUUAAAAAAGUUUGUUGCUGUCAAUGUGCGAACUGAAAUGCAUAAAAUACAAGAAAUGAAAAAGAACCGAUCAAAUUUCAAUAAACGGGCUAAAUCAAGAUGAAAUGUCCAAAUGCCGUCUUAGUGCAUAUGAAGGAAGUUUUCAAGACAUGAAUAGUCGUGUGUCGAUUUUUAUUCCGCAAACUGCAAAGGUUUGUGGUAGCCCUUGUCCUGAUUAGCAUGCAUAUCUGAUUAGCGUCAUGCUGAUUCAAAUAAUAUUUUCUUAUCAUCAGCAAAAACUCGUAUUUAUCUAAAACCUAAUAAAUAGAGCACAAAACACCAGCACAACGGUAAUUCAAGGCAAAAACCAGCCAGAUAAACAAUUGUGAUGUUGCAUCAACACCAAAAUGAUCGAAAAUUGGUUUUCAAUGUAUUGGUAACUACAUGACACCAAACAUUUCGUAGCAAUGACUAAACUAGGAACGCGUCUGCUCGGGGAACAAACAUUUAAGAGCAAGCUUGAAAAAUAUUACCUUUCCAAGAUUUGAAAUUUUACUAGACAAAAACAAAGAUGUGAAGGACUGUCUUGUAGUUAUGACGUUUACCAGAAAGCGACGAAAUGUUUGCUGUAAAGGAAUGGGGGGAAAGGCAACGGAUUAAUUAUAUAUGAUGAUUUGCCACUUUGGUGGAAAUGUUUUCAAGAACGAUUUCAGAAUCGGACGACAUAAGAACACACGCUUAAGACAAAACCUUAUGAAACAUGAUGUUUGCAACAAAAGAUUUUCAAAAAAUAAACAAUUGAUUUUUCAAUUGAAAACACAUAACGAAACAUAAACAAAACUUUACGAAAGACGAACUUUUUAAGCGUAGUUUUUAUAGAUUUACACGCUCAAAUGCUUUAGCAAGACGUAAGAGAACACGUACUGGGGACAAAGCCUUGUGAAUGUGAUGUUUGUAAGAAAAAAUUAAAAUUGAAAAUACAACAAGACAUAACAAAACUUUACUAAAGACGAACUAUUUAAGCGUGAGUUAAACAAGAACAGAUUUGCACCCUCAAAUACUUUAGCAAGGCGGUAAGAGAACACACACGGAAGACCUAAUUAAUGUGAUAUUUGUAAGAAAAGAUUUUAGAUUGAAGACACACAAGACAUAAAAAAAAACUUUGCAAAGACGAACUAUUUAAGCGCGAGUUUUACAAGAACAUAUUUACACACUCGUAUGCUUUAGCAAUACAUAAAAGAACACACACUGGAGAUAAAACCUUAUGAAUGCAUGUGAUAUUUUUGAGAAAAUAUUUAGAUUUAAAAUACACAAGACGUAAACAAAACUUUACUAAAGACGAACUAUUUAAGCGUGAGGUCUACUUAAACAGAUUUACACACUCGAAUGCUUUAGCAAGACGUAUGAGAACACACGCUGGAGAUGAAACCUUAUGAAUGUGAUGUUUGCAAGAAAAGAUUUAAAUUGAAAAACACAACAAGACAUAAAACUUUACUAAAGACGAACUAUUGAAGCGUGAGUUCAACAAGAACUUAUUUGCACGCUCAAGCGAUUUAGCAAGACAUAAAGAACACACACUGGAGAUAAAACCUUAUGAAUGUUUGUAAGAAAAUAUUUAGAUUGAAACAACACAACAAGACAUAAACUUACUAAAGACAACUAUUUAAGCGUGAGUUCUACAAGAACAGAUUUACAUGCUGAAAUGCUUUGGCACUACAUAAAAGAACGCACACUGGAGACAAAACCUUAUGAAUGUGAUAUUUUUAAGAAGAGAUUUACAGAAAACACUCAACAAGACAUAAACAAAACUUUACAAAGACGAACUAUUUUAUGGAUGUGAUUUAAAUUGGUAAGAAAAUAUUUGAAGAGAAGGAGCCGGGCAUAAAUAUAACCCUAGUUAGACGCGACUUAAUGUACGUGGUGUGUUAAGAAUAUAUUUCCAGACAAGGUAAACAUGUUGACAAGAAUUUUAUCAGGACGUUGAGAAAUAGUGUAAAGAAAGGUUUCAUGAUGCAUAAAAUUAGACACACUAGAGAAAAAAGCCAUAUGAAUAUGUGAUGCUUGUAGCAAAACAAAACACCUCUCUGAAUGGAAAGGAUAGAGAUUAGUACAUGACAUAAACGACGAACAUUACGGGACAAACUGUGAAAAUUAUCAUUCGAAAGAUUGAUAGAGCGUAAAAGAACGCAUACUGGAGAACAAGCCUUAUGAAUGUAUUGAUGUUUGCAAGAAAACGAUUUUUAAAUGAAAACACUAACCAACACAGACAAAACCUUACUUAUAACGGACUUUAUAAUGCAGACAAAAGCUUAUGACUAUUUCUCAACGGUGUUAUUGUAACCGCAUUUUGUACAUUUCAUUCUCUGUCGCAAAAGGUCUUCACAAUUAUUUAGUUGCUCUUGAUUCCGCCAGCAUGACUCCGGUAUACAUACAAUUGAAAUGGAACCAUUUUAGCCAAAACACAUUUAAAACAGAAUAGAGACCAUCAUACACGUACGAAUUUUGCAUUUGGUAUUUUUUGAAGCCGAAGGUUUCCACAAGGACGUAUUCUCUAAAACUCUUAUCUAGGCAUGAAACCAACACUGAUUGCCAUACAAUAAAAUAAAUCUUAUAAUUUUGACAUACUUAGAGUUAGAAUAGGACUCGCAAAAGAUAUUACAGGUGUUCAGAUUUUGACUACCUUUACCUUUACCACUAACCAAUGAAAUGCAUUUAUUAUAUACCUGAUUAACCAAUGAAAUGCGUUUAUUCUACCUGAUUAACCAAUCAAAUCUGUAUUAGGGCUGUGAGGGGUAGUGGUAGUUAAAUCUGAACCUCUCUAAAAUGAUACUGGAGAAAAAGUUUGUGAAUGUAAUAUUCGUGAAACGGUACUUACUGACUCUAUCAAUAAAUUGGUCUGAUGACACAUACUAUUAAUGAACGCUAAUGAACGCUAUGUUUGCAACAAGAGAUUUUCAAGAUUAACCAGUUUAGCAAACUCCACAGAGGAGAGCAUCUGUGUGAUGUUUAAAAACAAACUUGAACCAUAAACGAACACAAACGCAUACUGAAAACGAACCUUAACCAUGUAAUGUUUGUAUAAGAGAAGAUUUUCACGCUCGCCCAAUUUAGCAAACUGAACAGCACAGAGUAGAGCGUCUCUGUGUCAUGUUUGACAAAACAAACUUUUACGACUACCAUCUUACGGACUAAAACUACUUGACUGACUAAAUCAAUCGAGCUACUUAGCAAGACAUAAAGAAUGCAGUCAAACAUUAAAGAUGUAUUGUAUGCAUCAAAUAUAUACGAUUACCGAAUACAACAUCUGAACGCAAGGUGUUUACAAGAAGAGUUUUACACAAUCAAGCAACUUAGGAGCACACAAAGAAAAACAUCACAACAUGAACGUCAUGUUUGCAAAACGAACAUUAACAUAUGCAACUGAUUGGCAAAACCUGCACACAAUAACGAACUGAUUCAUUUCUGAAAAGAGAUUUUCAUGGUCUAGCCAUUAAAAGCACGAAUGGACGGUAAAGCGCCAGUACGAACUGUGAUUUCACGAAUAUUAUGUUUGCAAAACAAGGACCAUCAAGAGUACCCAUUAUCAUGGUGUAAGUGGUCACAAAUGCAUAGUAUUGCAACAUUUAUGCCUAAUCAUUUUCAAUUACCAUUCGUUGAAAUGAGAGUUUUUUUGCAAAUUCCAUCGCUCUAAAAUCAGCAUGACUUAUUUUUUUAUGCAGCUGAUCAGGAAACUCGUGUCUCUUACCACUGCCUUUGGUUAAUUUGCUUCGUAUAUUGCUGUUCCAAAAGAUGAUUUAGAUGACGUCGAGCUCGCUAGCUCAUUGAUUCAGUAAAACUGUGUUUUACAUUUGGCGACGAGAUCACAUCUUUUUCCUGUUGAACGUGAUCAGUUAUAUGCUAUAGUCUUAAAAUAGAAUCCGGUUUUUUAACAAACGCCAGCUGGUUUGUCCGAUAUACCUCGAGAAAUACUUCAAGUAUUCUAAUAAUGUGGUGUGUUUUCUAAUUAUAAAUAUUGCAUUUCUAAUUUGCUGAAAUUAAGCAUUUUUGAUUGAUAUUUUUGUCUAAUUGAUCACCAUAGAAGUAUCGUAAUUAUUUUGUAACUGUACUGAUAGUUACGAGGAACUCUUGUCGUUUUGUAAAUUAUCCUAAAGAUGUUGUGAUUGUUAUUGAUUGUUAUUGGAUUUGUUUAGUUUGUUUUUCUUUGGCUUGUAAAUAAAUUAUUUUCUUUUAGAAAUACUUUCUUGGGUAGUAGAUUAAUAUUUGUCGGAUGAUUGACUAAUCACGUAGUUAACUUUGUCGGCCUUGUGUGGGGUGGUUAAACAGU